AUGGCCGACUAUGAGAAGAGGGAUCAUGUGGUGGAAGACAUCGUUGACCGAGUUGAGCACUUGGGGGCUAAGGAGGCCCGAGCCAACUUCGUUACGCCCACGCCUGAGGAAGAGCGAAGGGUCAUUCGCAAGCUGGACAGCAGAUUGCUGCCACUGGUGUUCUUCCUGUACAUGCUUGCGGUGCUUGACAGAUCCAAUCUGGGGAAUGCAAAGCUAGCUGGACUCACCAAAGACAUCAAUUUGGCCGGGCUGCGCUACAAUUGGCUGGGUACUGUCUUCUACAUCGCGUACAUCCUCUCCCAGUGGUUGUGCAUGGGCUGGAAACAGUUCAAGCCGCACUACUGGUGUGCCGGUGUAGUCUUCUUCUGGGGUCUAAUUGCUACUGUGCAGGCUGGAGUCACCAGCUGGCCCGGCCUAAUGGUUUGCCGCGUCUUUCUUGGUAUCGCAGAAGCCUGCUAUGGACCGGGAGUGCCUCUCUACCUCACGUUUUUCUACCCACGUGAGAAGGUCGGUUUUAGGCACGGUAUAUUCAUCUCUGGCGCUGCGAUGGCGAACGCAUAUGGAGGGGCUUUGGCCUACGGCAUCACGCAGAUCAAAGGUCAUCUCGCACCGUGGAGAAUCUUGUUCCUUAUCGAAGGAUUGCCGACUUGCUUCUUCGCGAUCCUGGUCUUCUUCCUACUGCCCGAUGGUGUAAUCCAAGCAAAGUUCUUGACCGAUCGGGAGAAGGAAGUCGCUCUUCACUUCGUAGCGCGUAACCAGAGACUGGACGUCGGCAAGCCACAAGGUCUCCGAUUCUCGGAAGUUCUUGAGGGGUUGAGAGAUCCAAAGUCGUUUAUCCCUGCCUUCUGCUAUUUCGGCUGCAACGUUUCAUAUGCCUCCUUGCCGCUAUUCGUGCCUACCAUCAUCAGUGAGAUGGGGAAAUUCAGUCCGGCCACCUCUAACGGGCUAUCUGCACCACCAUACUUGGCGUGUUUCUUCGUGAUCAUCAUCCUCUGCUUCUUUUCCGACUACUUCAAGAUGCGAGGGCCUUUUUGUGCGCUCGCUGCUUCGCUUGGAGCCAUUGGCUUCAUCAUCCAGGCUACCUGCACCACGACCGGAGUUCGCUACUUUGGCAUCUUCCUCUCCGUGCAAAUCUUUGCCUCCGUGGCAUUGCUGCUCGCUUGGGUGGCGAACAUUCAUGCGACGGAGAGUAAGCGCGCGGGCGGGUACACUGUGCUUGCGACGAUUGGGCAGUGCGGCCCGUUGCUUGGCACGAACGUCUUCCCAGCUUCCGAAAAGCCGUACUACCGGAAAGGCAUGUGGAUUUCGGCAGCAUUCUGCCUGCUUGUUGCUGUGCUCAGUGGCAUUCUCAGCUGCUGGUUGAUCUACGAGAAUAGGAAGAUGGAGAAAGAAGGCGUUCCAGAAGUGGAAGAGUUCGAGGACACUUCGAUUGCAAGAGAAAGUGGAAGGCACGAGAAGCACCGUUACAUCUGGUAG